AUUUUGAGUAAGUCAUGGAAAAUCAAGGUGAUAAGUAUGGAACAAGUCUUAGAGAGUAUAAAGUACUCAAUCUAUUGGGAAAAGGAUCCUUCGGAUCCGUGUACAAGGUGCUUUCAAGAAAGACAAGACAGAUUUAUGUUAUGAAAUAAGAUCUGAAAUCUAUCUACUUUAAAUAAAGCAUACAGGAAUGCAGCGAGAGCUGAAGUGGAUAAUCUGAAGAAACUAAAUCAUCCUCAUGUUAUUAAAUUAAUGACUUCUUUUGAAGAAAACGAUUGUCUAUAUAUUAUUCAAGAAUACGCCCAGAACGGUGAUAUUCAUAAAAUAAUCAAAUAGGCAAAGGGAUAAAGAGAAAAAGAGAAUUAAAGAAACACAGCUGUGGAGCAUUUUAUAUGAAAUUCUCCUUGGCCUUAAUCACAUGCAUUCUAAUAAUGUGAUGCACAGAGAUCUUAAGCCUCUCAACAUUUUUAUGACAUCUACUCAUAAUAUUAAGAUAGGUGAUUUAGGAGUCAGUAAGAUUAUAAAUUCAUCAGAAAAAGAAAAUCAAGAAGAAAAUAUUGAUGAGUCUAAGGUGGGAACCCCUCUCUAUUUUGCUCCUGAGCUUGUCAAAGGGAAACUAUAUGAUUUAAAGAUAGAUCUUUGGGCUGUAGGAGUGAUUAUGUACUACCUUACAGCUUUGAAACCACCUUUUGCAGGUGAAACAAUUCCUGAACUAAAUGAGAGUAUUUUGAAUUGAUCUCCAAAGCAGCUUCCAAAAUAUUAUACGACAAGGUACAAAACACUUAUAUACUCACUUUUGGCCAAAAACCCUAAAGAUCGACCAAACACCGAAGAAGCGUUAAAAUCGAUUCCUGAUUUAAUAAUCAAUGCGUACAAUUCAGAAUUGAAGUUUUUAAAAGUGAGAGAGAAAUGUGGAGCCAUCAGUUCUCGUGAGUCUCCUACCAAGAAUUGAGACAUUCCUCUGGAAGUGAUUCCGAUCCCUAUUGAUAAGAAGAUUGUUAAAAUGGACUCUAAAAAUCUCAAAAGACCGAUCUCAGGGUGUCAGAGACGCAAAAAUAGCAAAUCUCAAAAAUUAAAUGUGAGAACUGUUCAAGCUACUAAUAAAGCCAAUAUAAGAUUUAAUUUGAAUGAAGAAAAAGUCAAAGUCUAUCCAAAUAUUUUGAACAAUUUUCCUAUUAGUACUUCUAACAAUGACUACUGGAAACCUACAAUCGAUCAGAUAACAGUAGAGGAAGUAUGUCCUAAUGUAGGAUCAGGAAGGAGAGUCUCUGUCUGAGAUAAUGCAAAGAAAUUAGAUGAUACUUCUUCUAAAGAGUAUUACUUAAUUCAGGAGCAAAUUAAAGAUGACAAUAAAGCAAAGCGUCCACCUGAUAGAAUCACUAUCAGCCAAAAAGUUAGAGCUUCUUCAACCAGAAUGAAAAAGAUCUAUCCUCAAACAGGUUUCGCUCAUUCUCCUUUUGAAAAUAAAUUUUAUGAUAUCAGUAAGAAAGGUCCUGUAAAAAUAUCAAAUGACGAAAGUACCAAAGCGACUAUAACAUGCAUGAAAAAUCAUUCCAACCGGAUUCAAAAGAAUUCGAUUGAUGGAAACACACUUGAUGGAUACAACAAGAUUAUUGAUAACAGAAGCACUACUAAAAGAAUCCUCAUGAGCAGGAGACAAAGGGCCAGACCAAAUAUCAGCAUGCUAAGAAAGAAUGAAUCUCAAGAUACUCAGAAUAACUUCUUCUACUGAAGUUGCUCUGAUGCUGAUUCAACUCCUCAGACAAGGAAUUCCCUAGAAUCUAAAAAGGCUUCUAAGAAAUGAAAUCUUUCGACUGUUGGACAAUACAAAGAAGUUGAGAAUCACCCACAGAAGACGAAGAAGAUACAUCUUCGUAAAGCUGAGACUGCAAAGUUCAGAAAGCCUCACAAGGUUCAGAGGAAUGUCUUUCAAGGCUCUAUUAAGAAGAGUAAUAUGCUAAUGAAAACUCAUGAGAGCAUUUCAAGGGCAAGAACAAGUGGCACUGCCAAGUCCCAAGUUAGAGAGAAAUUUACCAUAAAAGACCUUCAAGAUUAA